AUGGUAGAUGCUGACAUACAGGACACAGGUGUAGACACCGGUGCAGAGGCUGCUGCAGAUGAGCCUAUGGGAUUUCCAGGUGGACCGACUGACCCAUCAGUGCUGACUGAGUAUGCUGAGCAUGUUGCAGCUAGCGAACGUCCUGAAUUGAAGUUAUCCUCCCACAGGAGGAAGGUGCAGAAAUUAGGUAGGCCUGUCCCUGCCAUUGAGGGGCUAGUUGCUGGGACAGGACUAAAUCCUUUGAUCGUGUGUUUAGCAGACACCGACGAUCGAGGACUUAUAUCCUCGUUUGUGGAGAGGUGGCACCGAGAGAUAAGUAGUUUCCAUCUUCCUGUGGAGGAGGUUACCAUCACGCUAGACGACGUGGUGUCUCUUCUUCAUCUGCCCAUCAUUGGCGACUUCCAUACCUUCCAACCUCUGCACGUCGACAAGGCGGUGCUGAUGUUGGUCGACUUACUACUGGUCUCACCAGAGGCAGCCAGGGCCGAGACAGGACAUUGUCAUGGACCGUACAGUGCAAUCGAUGUUCAUGUUGUGUUCUUCGAUGCUCUGCGCGACCUCAGUCAGACUGGGAGGUAUGCAUGGGGAGCUGCUGCCCUAGUGCAUAUGUACGAUCACCUGAAUGAUGCCUGUAUCAGCACCAGCCGACAGGUUGCUGGUUACAUCACCUUGUUGCAAGUAAUUAACAUGUUUUUGAAAAGUUAA